CCCCGCUCUGUGCCGCAGCCCCGAGCCAUGAUGAAGACUUUGUCCAGCGGGAACUGCACGCUCAGCGUGCCCGCCAAGAACUCGUACCGCAUGGUGGUGCUGGGCGCCUCGCGGGUGGGCAAGAGCUCCAUCGUCUCUCGCUUCCUCAACGGCCGCUUUGAGGACCAGUACACGCCCACCAUCGAGGACUUCCACCGGAAGGUCUACAACAUCCGCGGCGACAUGUACCAGCUGGACAUCCUGGAUACGUCCGGCAACCACCCCUUCCCCGCCAUGCGCAGGCUCUCCAUCCUCACAGGUGACGUUUUCAUCCUGGUGUUCAGCCUGGACAACCGGGAGUCCUUUGACGAGGUCAAGCGGCUCCAGAAGCAGAUCCUGGAGGUCAAGUCCUGCCUGAAGAACAAGACCAAGGAGGCGGCGGAGCUGCCCAUGGUCAUCUGCGGCAACAAGAACGACCACGGUGAGCUGUGCCGCCAGGUGCCCACCACUGAGGCUGAGCUGCUGGUGUCCGGCGAUGGAAACUGCGCCUACUUCGAGGUGUCGGCCAAGAAGAACACCAACGUGGACGAGAUGUUCUACGUGCUCUUCAGUAUGGCCAAGCUGCCACACGAGAUGAGCCCUGCCCUGCACCGCAAGAUCUCCGUGCAGUACGGAGAAGCCUUUCACCCCAGGCCCUUCUGCAUGCGCCGCGUCAAGGACAUGGACGCCUACGGCAUGGUCUCACCCUUCGCCCGCCGCCCUAGUGUCAAUAGUGACCUCAAAUACAUCAAGGCCAAGGUCCUCCGGGAGGGCCAGGCCCGCGAGCGGGACAAAUGCACCAUCCAGUGAGCAGGAGGGUUGCUGGGGUGGGUCUUGGGUGGUGCCUUACUGGGGGGUGGCCCCGGUACCCACUGCCUGCAUCUCCCUCAUGAGACCCCAACAGCAGUUGCAUUCCAAGACCUUUGGCGCCAGACUGGAGGAUCCCCGCCUCCAACCUCUGUACAGUCUCCUGCCUUCAACUGCUUCCCUCUGAUUUUUCCUUUCUUCUGCUCCCUCUUGGUUUCAUCUUCUCCAUGGGGGGUGGAUCCCUGCAGGACGGGAGGCAAGGUUGGGGCUUAGACCAGGACCCAAGUCAGAGCUUGUGCAUCCUUGCAAGAAACGCUGAUGCCAGAGGGGCCAGGAACCCUGCAUCCGAUGGAGACACCUGGAACAUCACAGGAUGAAAACGAUACCCAGAGUCAGCUGCGAGAGGGCUGUGCUCUCCUGGUGUAAGACCCAGCUUGGUUCAGAUGGCAGCUGGGAGUCUCUCCCCACCCCAUCCUGAAAUUCUUACCCUCUGGCUUAGCUGUUUCUAUCCUGUGCCCCCCAAGUUGGCCCCUAGCUUUCCCCGACGUUGAGCCAGGGGUGUCUGUGUGUUUGAAGGGGGCGUGGCCAUGUCGCCUGGACCACAUCCAUCUCCUGAACUACCUUCCUCAGCCUCCUCUCCCAGGUUCCUCUUGUCUGUUGGUUGUGCUUUGUUGUUGCAGCUGUUCUGUCGUUUUCCCAGUAGAAAGGGAAAUCGUUGUACUGUAAAAGCCUAGUGACCCCUUCUUGGCCAGGAUCCGCCCCCCCACCCCCGCCCCCUGUUCAGAUCCACUGCCUCCACUGGGGACACCUUCCUCCCCUGCUCCCAGAUGGGGUUCCCAUGGCCUGUCUGCAGCUAGACAUUGCCCUCCUACCGAGCUUCACCGUUUACACUCGCACAGGUGGGGCAGGCAGGCUGGGGCUGCUUCUCCUGACCCUGUUGCACAGAGAAGGUGGCUGAGACUCAGAGGGCAAAGUGACAUGCCCCAGCUCUGCCUCCUGGCUCGUUCAGGACAGAGCUUCGCCUGGAACCAGGCUGUCCUCUACUGUGCUUGUUCCUCAAGCAUUUAUUGAGCACCUGCUGUGUGCUGGAUGCGCUGUGUGCUAGGAAACAAAGAGGGUGAGCGAUGCAUGUUACGCCCCCAAGGCCAAGCCUCCCCGGCUCUGGCCUCUUUCCCUUUCCCCACCUGGCCUCUGCCCGCCCCUGCUGCCCUACUGCCUCUGCACAUGCAGCCGUUGGGAGGCGUGGAAGAGCAGCUGGAAGCCAGAGCUGAGCCCAGGGGAAGUAGGUAAGAAGAGCUCUCAGCGGGCCUUUUCCUGGUGCCUGGGAUUGGGUUGUGCUGGGUAUCGGGCGUGGCGGGAUUUGAACCUGUGGACCAAAGGCUCUUGCCAUCAGCUCCUAAAAACUACAUUUUAUGUUUUAAAUCUCCUUGAAACUAUUGAAGUUUAGGCCACAAGGAACCUUAGUGAUCAUCUAGUGAAUCCGAGGCCCAGAGAGGGUAAGUAAGUUGCCCCAGGUCACACAGCAAGUCUGUGAGUGGCAGAAGCAGGGUUGGGUCUGGGCAUUCAGCACACACCAUGAUGUGCCCCUCUUCUGAUGCUGCCUCAGCCCCUGGGGCCUUCAGGGAUUUGAGGUGUCGUCUCCCUGACCCUUUCUCUAGGUGGGCCUUCGAGGGCUCCUGUAGAGUCUGUGUACAUUGUUCUCACAUGUAUACAUGUACACACACACGAACACACAGAUGUACACAUGCCCUGGCCUCAGCUCUGCACACCCCACACCUCCACCCUGGCCCCUGCUGCUCAAGGCAGCCGCUCUGACCCUGCUUCUGUGCCCCCAAUCUGGCCCCAGCCUGAACCCUCUAAGCAGACCGGGUACCUUGGCCAGGACAGGUGUGUGGCCUGGUCUGACGCGGUCACACCCCUGCUUCCCCAUAUCUCUGUGUACACUCUCAAUUAAAGUGCAUUUGUUUCUAA